AUGCGUGUUGGUAAGUCGAGAGUUUUGAGGAUUUUUGACGAUAUAAGAUUGAAUCAAAGCUUUGUGCAACCAAGGCAUUGAAGACAUGGAUCCCGAAGCGAAAAUUCGGCUUGCCAAUGAAAAUAGAACACAAAGCCAAGACACAAUUGGUUUUCUUGAGACAUUUUUGUUCCUAGCUAGCUUCGAAACAUAGCAUUUAUAUAUCUACAUGAUAGUAGGGUUCGGAAAAUUUGGGUAUAUUCACCACGCGGGUAUAUUCGGGUAUUUAUAAAGUUAGCCUGAAUUAGUCCAAUAUAGUACCAAUAUGAAGUCGUUAAUGAAUAAGUGGCAUGUUAUUCAUUAACCCGAAUCAUGUUUGGAGUGAUAUUCUUUAUUUUUCCAACUAUAAUACAACAAAUAAAACUAUCAGUCUGGCCGAAAAAGAACCGGCCUCCCCGAACCCUUCCGUCGCACUCACUCCAAACCCCAAUUUGCAUCGCGGAGAAAUUUGGAGGGCGUCGCCGAAAAAAAGAGCAAAAACAACGCAUCGCCAGCGAUAAACGUGCGUUUGCACAGUGCAAAUGCCCUUUUUCUGCUGUUUCGCACUGUGCAAUCCGAAAAAUUCAGCGAUUCUUCGAAGUCGCGCGCACUUUUGCGAUGCAUCGCGAAAACAUUCAAUUUCGAGGUUGCGAUUUCGAUGCGCGAGGGGGGCCGGUUCUUUUUCGGCCAGACUGAUAGUACUUUAACUAGUCAAAAAAUUUAGCAAUCCAAUAUUUGGCAGUCAGAUUUUGCUUUUUUUCCGUUUAUUUUCCUAUUCCAGCCAAGUAAGUUUUGAAAGGCAAAAAACAAAUUAUGACAAAAUGUCUACAUUUAUUGAUUUUUUAUGACAAAACUCGACUUUUUUUACAUUUUUUGAAUGCAAAAGUACUUUAAUACCCAUAAAUAUAUACCCGAAAAUUCCCGGCCUCUCGGGUAUUUGGGAAUAUACUCCGUGUAUAUACCCAAUAUACCCCGUCCGAACCCUACUCAGCAGUACAAUUAGGCAUGAAACUUUUCGUGCCAAAACUCGGCGAAAAGAAAAAUUUCUGGCUGAUUUUCGAUUUAAAAAUCUCGGCUGUUUCUGCAAAGCGCGAGCUAGGAUUCUCUCUUAUAUCCUAGAAAAAAACCUUCAAAAUUUGCGCCAAGUUUCAUCAAAAUCUGAACGUCGCACUUGGGGUGUACUUCCCUUGUUAGCUAGCUUCGGAAGACAGCAUUUGUCUACAUAUUUAUAUGAUAGUAAAUAAAAAUAUGGCCAUGAAAUCAGAAUCAGAUUUUGGGGUGAUUUUUGCUUCGACGAGUUGACCUAUUGCACCACAUGCGGAGAAAGUCUACGCACUUUUGAAAAGUCGCAGUAUUAGGCCCUAUUAAACGAGAGUGAAAAGAACAUGUUUUUGUGCGGUUUCGCAAACCACAAAUCUUAUUUUAGGACAACAAAAAGACUGCCUUACGAAUGGGGGCAUUUUUUCAUUUUUUCCCCUCCCAAAAGUUGUUUACUGUGGAGCGUGUUUAUCAAAACUCAUGUUUUUCUUGCAAUUCUUUGGUAAAGUGUGAUCGUAAAGUUUAAAAUAGUUUUUUUGUUCUUUUUUGGCUCCAAAUUUUUCAAAAAAUCGUUUUUUUCCAACCGCUCUCCGCUUUUCGCGUACCCUCUCGGCCGAAAAGAUCGUUGAAUGUCUAGGUUACACCUGCAAAGCGGAAGGAAACUUUUUGAGGUUAUAUUUUUUUGGUACAGUAGAUAGGUUAUGUACAGUCUAACUUCUGCAUAAAAACUCGAAAGAGUUCAAAAAAUAAAAAAAAAUCGUUGUAGUAGGCUUUUGUGUUUACGGAGGUUCAUUUGGCUUAAAAACGACUCUUCAAACCUCUAAAGCUAUUUGCUAUAGACAGUUUUUGCUGCAUGGUGAUUGUUAAUAGUCUUUACGUCAAAUUUUAAACCCCUUUGAAGCUUGGGGACGUUUUAUUUGCCCUUUAAUUUGACACAAACCCCAAUCUUUUUGGUGCGUAAAAAUUUUAUUUUUCCUUGAAAAUUCCCGCGAAGACAACGUUUUUCGAGCUUUGAGGGCGUCGUUAUUCGUUGGUCCGUCAAUUUCUAACAGAAGAAGGCAUAUAUUUUUGAAGAACCUUGGGAAAAAUCGUUCUCAAAAAUCAUCGCUGGGAUUCCCGGGCGAUCCCAAGGUGCGACGACCGCUAUUUUCCCGACAGACUAAAAAUUUGGAGUCGCUAUGCCUUCUUAUGACUUUUUCUGUAGAAACAAAGGCUUUUUCAAAAAAAAAAAUUUUUUUCCCUAAAAAGUUUGGUUGAGCCUGAACUCUACCCCUUUUCUGAACUUUCCCCCAAUCUGAACUCUAUCCCUUUUUGAACUUUCCCCCUACAGAACUCUCCCCCUUUUUGAACACUCCCCCUCAUUUUGAAAAUUGAAAAAAUGAGGUGUGACAUCUUAUACGAUGAAAUUUUUUUUUCAAAUUGAAAAGGAUAAGGUGUGACAUCUUUUCAUCGUAUAUCUUUUCAUCGUAUAAGAUGUCACACUUCAUUUUUUUUCAAUUUGAAAAAAUUUUCAUCGUGUAAGAUGUCACACCUUAUCCUUUUCAAUUUGAAAAAAUUUUCAUCGUAUAACAUGUCACACCUCGUUUUUUCAAUUUUCAAAAUGGGGAAGUGUUCAAAAAGGGGUAGAGUUCUGCCGCAACGAAAAAGUUUUGAAAGCCAAACGAAAAUAAAUUGUGAAAUAAAGAAAAAACAAAAAAAGAACUCUUUUUUUCUAUUUCUGGCUGUUUGUUUAUGACUCACACUCUCUCAAAAAGCUAAAAAAAAUUUCGUUUUCCCAUUUUUUGUUAUUACGCGUAUAAAACCGACUCUUUUUCUUGUUGAUUCAGUUGGGAAAUUACUGGAUACAAGUUUUCCCACAGAAAUUAUGUGUUUCCGAGUGGAAGAUCCCCAAACAAACGUGUUCCGUUUCGGUUUUCCUUUUGCGCUGAUAAGAAAGGAGGACAAAAAGGGCGAAAACAUUGUAAUCUGUUGGACUUUGCGGGGCUAGACGUUGUUGUUUGAGGAGGAAAUUUUUGGCGAUUUCUUCGGUUUUGUUCGAUUUUUUUGGAUACUUUUCGAAUUUUUUAUAAAUUAAAAAACAGUUUUUUUUAAAUAAAUUUUUGAAAUAAUCGAAAAAAUGCUUUCAGAAACGUCUCUGCUAAUUUUUGCCCUGGCGAUUGGCUGUUUUUCCCAAGAAACUAAAAGUAAGUUUUUUCGGAUUUUUGAGAUAAAAUAUUUUUUGGUAUCAGGUUGUUCAAUAUGAAAUGUCGGAUUUUAACCUUUAACUUUAAAACAUCAUAACUUUAUAUGACCACCUCAUAUAAAGGUGGUCAUCUAAGAAUUCAGAAGUUUUUUUCCCAAAUUGCGAUUUUCGGUGCACAAAAAAGUGGACGCCCAAAUCUUACAAGGGAAGUACCCCAAGUGCGACGCUCAGAUUUUCUUUAAAUUUUGCACACACGUCGGGCAUGGACUAAAUAUCAAUUCCUGAAAGUUUUAGCUCGCGCUUUGCGGGCGCCGCCGAGAUAUCGAACGAAAAUGUGCACAGUGCAGUCGGCUUUUUCGAGGUUUGCACGGUGCGCGAAAACAAAAAUCCACAGUGCGUUGGCGACAAAAGUUCAAGAUGCACUGUGCGAAAGCGAAAACAUGUCCAGGCACUUUGUGAAAAUGCUAAUAUGUCCAUACACUUUAUGAAAAUAAAAAUAAAAAAAAAAAUAAUUUUUUCAAAAUUUUUUUGAAGCCAUAAUUUUCAGAGCCAGAUCCCUCUGAAAUGCCUUUAAACACAUCCCUUUUCAUGGGUCCUGGCCCGCAAACUGGCUCGGGAACUUCGGCCGCCGGCUAUUAUUUCUUUGAGAACUUCAUGAAAGGCACUUACUACAUUCGAAAAGGAUCCGUGUUCACAGAAGACGACGAAAAGGAGAAGCCGAAAAGUUUGGACCCCAAAAACUACGAAGGACCCGCUGUAUUCUACGCGUAUUAUGACAGUAAUGAUAAGAAGGUAAGGAGAGGAAAAUUUUGGAAAAAAAAUUGGUUUUUAAAAAAUUUUGGUAAAAGUUCCUUAUUUUGGCCACAACUUAUAACUUUGCGGAAACUGGUCGGAAUUAGCCCAAAUUUAGCGUGCACGCUCAGUUCAUCGGUGUGAAUGCCCGGACAGUGGAUUUAGUUAGUGAGGUACCUUCUUUUUUACGUACCAUCUUACCCUUCAAAAACGUCUGCAGCCUGUGAUUUUACACUUUAUACGAUGAAACAUGUCCGGAACUAAACUUAUUGCCUCCGUAUGGGACUAAAUGAGUCGUCACAGCCUUCGUAGGUACCCUUAAAACUAUAGAGCUAUAUAUUAUAUAAUAGGAAUUCAGUGCCAGCAAGGUCGAAGCGUUUUUUCGUAACUUUAGUGCACAAGCUUGGGCGCAGUUCGCGGACUACUUUUGUUGUGGCCAAAAUAAGGAACUUUUUCCAAUUCUUUUUUAUUUUUUUUCGAUUUUAAGUCCAUUUUUUCCAAAAAAAUUUUUUUUUUUGAUUUUUUUCAAUUUUUUUUUUCAGAUUCACAUGGUUGACUAUUUGAAAAAGACCGUCAAAGUGAUCGAUCCGCUCCAAGAAAACGGCGGAGGCUUCAUUUUCGCCGCCGUCGAGCCCUACGUUCCCUUCAAAGUCGGCGAACUUCGAGCCAAGGAGAACGCCGAAAAGGAGGCCAAAAGCCGUUCAAGUCCUUGA